AGGCUGUGUAAGUCGAUUGAGGAAGGAGGAUAGACGAGUGAACAUCAGGGCUGUCUUACAUAAAGUCUGCUAUUCUCUUUAUCCUGUGCAGUAGGUAGAAAUCAUGUCAUUAAGGCGUGCAUUACAUUUUGUCUUCAAAGUAGGGGAUAGGGGAAAAACGGCUACUUUUUAUCGUGAGGUUCUUGGAAUGAAGAUCUUGCGCCAUGAAGAGUUUGAAGAAGGCUGCAAAGCAACUUGCAAUGGACCAUAUGACGGAAAAUGGAGCAAAACAAUGGUGGGCUUUGGGCCAGAGGAUGAACACUUUGUGGCAGAGCUGACAUACAAUUAUGGGGUUGGAGAAUACCGCCUUGGCAAUGACUUCCUGGGCCUUACCCUUCAGUCCAGCAAAGCGGUUAGUAAUGCCAAAAGGAUAGGCUGGCCUCUAAAAGAGAUGGGAGAAGGUCUUUAUCUGGCCGAAGCACCAGGCGGAUACCACUUUUACUUACUGGAUAAAGAACAGCCACAAACUGAUCCCGUUCGAAAGGUGUGUUUAGCUGUAUCAGACCUCCAGCGCUCCGUGCAUUACUGGUCUUCCCUCUUGGGCAUGAGUGUCGUGGAAAAGGAUGAGUCCAAGAAAACUGUCUUGAUGGGCUUUUCAGACAGCCAGUGCAAGCUGGAGUUGAGGGACAUUGGUGGAACAGUGGACCAUGGUACAGCCUUUGGCAGGAUAGCAUUCUCAUGCCCACGUGAACAGUUGCCAGAUAUUGAAGCUCUUAUGAAGAAGGAGAACCAGAAAAUCCUCACUCCCCUUGUAAGCCUGGACACUCCUGGAAAAGCUACUGUGGAAGUUGUGAUUUUGGGUGAUCCGGAUUGUCAUGAGAUCUGUUUUGUUGGAGAUGAAGCAUUUCGGGAGCUCUCCAUGAUGGACCCCAAUGGAAAUGACUUGUUGGAUAAGGCUAUGGCUGAGGACAAGAGUGACGAAUGGUUUGCGAAGAAUAAAAAACAGAAGGCCUCAGCCUAAGAUGCCCACGGCCUGCUGAAUCUUAAUUUCAACACUAAUGAAGACCUGCAAAUAAGCUGUUUUCAUUUUUGCCCCAAGCACUUUUUCUAUUCUAAUUUAAUAUACAGUCAUUGGAUCACCUUUUUGUUGUACCACACAUUUGUUAUUUGGUUUUCAUGAGAAAGAUUAUCCUUAUUAUUAAGGCGGAUCAUCUCUCUCAUAAAUUGCAAGCCUUCACAGUCAAUUACAUGGACCACUUCUGUAUUUUCCUCAAUAAAAGUACCACAUCAUUCUUAUGAAAAAUUA